AUGGCUUUGCACGGCAGACUUUUCCGAACUGUUGUAUACAAUGCAGCCAGCGACGGAAAACUGGAGAGAAUCAUGGUGAGUCAAUGAUGUUUCUGAAUUUCGAAUGAAAACAUGUGUAUUCUCGCUGCAAUCUUGCCUGUUUUUCAGGUUUUCACCGAAAAUCAGCGAGCCAACGCCGCCUGGCUCCACGAGUGUUUGAACGCAGAUUUCAGUGAUCAAUAUCCGCUGGUGAUUGCCGCGCGGAAAGGUCACACGGCGGUUGUCGAUUACUUGGCAAGUCCCUGGAAUUUAUAACUCCUCAAUUUCCUUUUCAGCUUGACUUGGGAGCCGAUCCAUCUGUUCGAGGCAUUGUCGAGUUUGACAAUGAUAAUAUUCGUGAGUGAAAAACCUUUUCAUCUUCAUUUUCAAUCGAUUGAAUUCACAGAAGGAACGCCUCCCUUAUGGGCUGCUGCAGCUGCCGGACACCUCGACGUGAGUAUUUGUGCCUGCUCGCUCAAAAAUGCAUAGUUUUGUGUUCAGAUCGUCAAGCUUUUGGUCGAAAAAGCGAAUGCAGACGUGAAUCAGACGACGAACACGCAGAGUACGCCGUUGCGAGGUGCCUGCUACGACGGACACGUCGAUAUUGGUUAGUUUUUAUAAAAAUCUAUCUAAACUCGAGCGGUUUUCAGUGGAAUAUCUACUGGAAGCAGGCGCAAAUCCGCACAUCCCGAACAGACACGGCCACACUUGUCUCAUGAUCGCCGCCUAUCGGAAUAAGCCACUGGUGAUCUGUCAACUUUUAGAUCACGGAAUCGAUGUAAAUACACAAACUGAAAAAGGUAAUUCUGAAAGUACAUUCAUCUCAUUUCUUAAAUCCAAUCUGCUGAAGGAAACUCGGCACUGCACGAUGCGGCCGAGAGCGGAAACGUGGAAGUUGUGAAUCUUUUGCUAAAGGCCGGAGCCAAUAUGCUCCCCGACGUCCAUGGAGUCAAUCCGCUGAUAUGUGCCGCACAGAGUGGAUGUGCAGAAGUAAGGAGCUCUCAAGUUUAGGCCAAUUCUUAUAAAAAUUUCAAAUGCAGGUAGUAAACGUCCUCUCCGCGAGUGUAAAAUGUGCAAUCAGCCGUCGGGAUGCUCUGAAAUUGCUCGGAAGCACUUUGCUGGACAAGAAGAUGGACGCGAUGUCGGCGAUGAUGUGCUGGCGGAAAGCGAUGGACGUACCGCUGAACAAGAACGAGCAGAAAGUGGUGAGCACGGCGACUAUCAUCGUUUUAGCGCAAAAUUCAAAAUGUUUACCCAAUUUUUCAUUAUUUUUUUUCGUCGAAAACGACCAAAAUUCUGCACAAUGUGCUUGCAUAAAUCUGUGAAACGAAUCAUUGCACACAUUUUGGGUCUCAAAGAUUUCAAAAAUGGGAAAAAAAGUGAAUCGAUUUUGAGUUUUCUCUGUUCCAGGUUCGUGAAAUGGAAACUUUCUGCGAGGUGAAGCCGGUUUACGACAAUCUGCGAGAGAUUCAGCACGAUUAUGACGUGGAAAUGAUCGACGGAAAUCUGGAGGCUCAAAGAAUGCAGGUAAAUGGUCCCUCGUCCUCAUUUUCUUCUUUUUAUUUUUGUCGGCCUCUUUUAGCACCAAUUCGCGGUGGUGGAUGAGUGGCGGGAGCGUAAAUUGACCGGAAAACACACCUCCCGUCUAAUUGGUCCCCCCUUUUUUUCUCGCGGCUGUUGUUGUCUUUUCGGCGCGCCUUUCGGGUGAUGAUUGUGUCGGAAGUGGCCCCUUUUCCGAGUGAUGUUCCGCGUGCACAUGAAUUGGAAUGAGUAUGAGCCAGUGGGGCAAAAGAGCACGCGAGCCCAAGAGACGCGGAGACUAAUGAGUGUGACACGCAACAAUUCGAAGCGAGAUGUCAGUUGAUAUAUGACAAUGAGCACACUCUCACUCGCGGCUCACUUUGACUCGGAACAUUCGCAAAACGAGAAGAUUUACGAUGAUAAAGUGUGGCGGCCGGACACUAGCCAAUUGUGUUGCAUAACGGAUAUGGGUGUGUAAAGCGGCACCGCUCUUUGUGCCAACGCUUUUGGAUUUACCGCUUACUAGGAGACAGAAAAAGUUGGUCCCUCUGAAAAAGUAGAUACUUUAUUUCCCACCUGUCAGCCCUCAUUAGUCACGGUGACCGUCGUAUCUGUCCGUUUGAUUUGUGGCCCUUACGUCACUCGUUCAAGAGCCAUCAAGGCCAUAAGAGGUCCUGAAAGGUAUAUGUAUGCGUAAUCUGUCUUUUGGCAUUCCUAAUCAAACAAUUCGGAUAUCUGAUCGGACCUGUUCUGAUCCUUGAACUUGAAGAGCAGAGCACAGCCGACCGGCGGGCUCCAGAGCAAGAAGUAGAGUAGCAUAGAUUAAUGUCCAGAUUUCUAGAAUUUCCUUAAGUGGCAGCAAUCUGGACCGGAGUUUCAUACACAAGACUAGCGGUUUCUUAUUUUACCGGCUUACUCUAAUUUUUCAGUCUUUGAUAAUCCGCGAACGAAUCCUCGGCGGCGCGCACUCGGACGUCCACUAUUAUCUCCGUUUCCGCGGCGCCGUCUACUGUGACAUGGGACAGAUGGACAAGUGCUACGCCCUUUGGAAACACGCCCUCGAGCUCCAACAAAAGUAGUUUCCUUUCUUUCACUUCUCCCUUUUCUCAUUCCUCCUAUUUCCAGACACUUUUCUCCGCUCCACCACGGCUCCAUCACCACUCUCCAAUCGUUCCAAGACACGUUCGUAAUGACACUCAACGACCACGUCAUCGAUCAUCGCGCGGACCGUUCGCUCCGUGUGAAGCCGUCUCUCGUUGAGUACGUCUUCAACAGUGUCUGCCAUGAACUCGAGCGAGUGCAAGCAUGGGGAAACCGGCCGAUCCUUGAAGACACCGAAUGCUGUGGACACGACAAUUGCGCGCACGUAUCCGAAGAGGGAGAGAUCAAGAAACUGGUUCUGGUGGCCGUGGAACUAGUCAAUGUGCUCGACAGACUCUCCCUUCCGUCUCCUGGCGGCGAAGAGGAAGCCAAGGAGGAGAAUGUGAAGCUGAACCUCGAAAGAUUAGUAACGAUCUGCGAGGCACUGCGCGUGCCGCUCCUCCAUUACGCCCUCGAGGAAAAGUCCGCCGAAAACCCGGACAUGCUGGGACUCCCGAAAGCCGCAGUUCUUCAGCAGCUCCUCGACAUGCGCAUCGACGUGAACGCGGCCGAUCGCGACGGAAACACCCCGUUGCACAUCUUGCUCCGCGCCAGAAAACUCCGAAGGAGUCUGCUGAGAGCUCUGCUGAGCCGUGGCGCGUGGCUGUACGCGCGGAACAAAGAGGGAGUUGUGGUUAUGGAGGAGAUGCGAAGAAUGGGCAGGAUGGACGGCUGGAACAUGUCCGGUACCAGAUUAGGUGAGCUUGGAAAAUGUUUCUUGCUUAUUAACUGCUCGUUUUGUCUGCAUGCUCUACUUUUCCGUUCCUGUCCGUAACGUACGUUUAUAUCGAGAAUUUUCCCAUUACUAAUAUAUUCUCGCACGCCGUUAACUCGUGUAAUCAACUUACUUUGAGCUCGUUCCCAUGUGUACUCGCGGACGUUCGAAAUCCGUCGAACUAAUCACUCUCAAUUAUACAUUUCUACUCGCACCCCGUUUUGUGUUCAAUGAGAUUAAGCGGUGGCCGCCCACUUUGCACCCGGCACAAAGGUACUCGAUGAUAUCCAUUUACUUUUCAUUUGCAGGCCGCUACAUAACUUUGGCCGGAAUAACGGCGAACGCGAUGCGCUCCAAGUACGAAGGAAUGUUCGACGGCACCGAGGAACUCGUGCCGCGAGACAUUCGCCGUUUCUACAUGGCACACUGA